AGGCACCUCGCAUCCAAGAUACACUUUCAGUCUUGCCAAGGCCCAUCUGGACUCUGCCAUCGACUCAUGGAUCCACAGGACGGCGGUCAUUGUCACGGAGAGCGGCUCUGGCUCUGGCUUGCUCUGCUAUUGACUUCUGCAUCUGUUGCUGUAACAGGUUCGAACUGUACAUGUCAGGGUCCUGUACAAGGAUCUUGCGGCUAUCAGAGACACGAUUCUCGAGACAACCUCUACAAUACACGAAAUGUAGCUCUAGGCAAACCGACAAAAGCGAGUUCCUUGUUCAACAAUGAAAGUUUCAACGAGGUCUCUGGUCCAGCUUGUCUGGCUGUAAAUGGUGACAGAAACACAACAUUCAGACCUUGUAAUCAGUUCCCUAACACUUCCAGCUGUAUACACACUGCAGAAGGCGACCGUGAACCCUACUGGGAGGUUGACCUGUGUGACCUGUAUAGUAUAACAAGCAUCACCGUCUACUGGAGAGAUUCAAAAUCUCAACGCAAUGUUGGCGUCAAUGUUACGGUUGAUGGAGAGCUGUGUUACAUCUUUACACAUCCAGUUUCUAAUCCGUCAACAAUAACCUGUUAUCAGAGACUUUCUGGACAGGUCGUUAGGUUGUCAAAAACUGACUACACGACUAUAAAUGACUACUAUCUUACUUUGUGUGAAGUUGAAGUGACGGGUUCAAACUGUACAUGUCAUGGACAUGUACAUGGAUCUUGCGACCAUCGUAAAGACGAUUUUCUAGCCAGUCUAUCCAACACACAAAAUGUAGCGCUAGACAAACCGACAAAAGUAAGUUCCUUGCUGAACAGCACACAGAUGAAGGCGGUCUCUGGUCCUGCUUGUCUGGCUGUAAAUGGUGACAGAAACACAACAUUCACCUCUUGUAACAUGUCCCCUAACAGUCCCAGCUGUAUACACACUGCAGAAGGCGACCGUGAACCCUACUGGGAGGUUGACCUGUGUAACCUGUAUAGUAUAGCAAGCAUCACCGUCUACUGGAGAGAUUCAGGUUCAAACUGUACAUGUCAGGAUCCUGUACAUGGAUCUUGCUACCAUCGUAGAGACGAUUUUCGAGCCAGUCUUUUCAACACACAAAAUGUAGCGUUAUGCAAACCGACAAAAGUAAGUUCCUUGCUGAACAAUGAAUUGUACAAGGAGGUCUCUGGUCCUGCUUGUCUGGCUGUAAAUGGUGACAGAAACACAGAAUUCAGACCUUGUAAUCAGUUCCCUAACAAUUCCAGCUGUAUACACACUGCAGACGACGACCGUGAACCGUACUGGGAGGUUGACCUGUGUGACCUGUAUAGUAUAGCAAACAUCACCGUCUACUGGAGAGAUUCAAAUUUUCAACGCAAUUCUGUCGUCAAAGUAACCGUUGAUGGAAAGCUGUGUUACAUCUUCGAUUAUAUAGUUUCUAAUCCGUCAACAAUAACCUGUUAUCAGAGACUUUCUGGAAAGACCGUUAGGUUUUCAAAGACUGACUACAUGACUACAGAUGACUAUUAUCUAACUUUGUGUGAAGUAGAAGUGAUGGGUAAGAAAACAGCUUCUCUCACAAACUAAUCAUUGAAUCAGUUGGCUGUGUACAUAUUUCAAUGUUACUCGUUACUUGCCUUUUUCUAUCGAAAAGACAAGUAUACACAGACCUCUAUCUGAUCUACCGAAGCAAUCACUGCGCAUUCAAAGAGAAUUCUGAGCUGUUGUAGUGCUGUUGAUGAGUUUGCCGUGUGGCAUGUAACGUGUGCGACAAGUUGCGUUUUGAACUUGUGACGUUCGCUACAAGUGACGGCAAGUCUGCAAGCGUUGUGCUUGUCUGCAGAGACAAAGGUACUGAUGCCAUGUAAGUAAACUAUCCACAUGAUCCUAUUUCUCAAUUUUAUUCCUAUAACACGAACAAAAACGCAACAUCACUUCAUUAUCCACCCUCCUAUAAAUUGGAUUUUUAGAUAAUGAAGUGCAUACAGUUCCUUGAACUUAAAUAAGACUUAUUUAUCUUUUCAGUGAAACGUACGAAGAAAGUAUAUUACCCUGGAGAAAGUAGAAGAGUUUCUUGAAGAAGAAUACUCAGCAGCUAAUGUCUGUGCUACCACCAGUGAAUUAUCAGACGAAGAUGAAGGUGGUGAUAAUUUUGCCAGUGCAGGUGAUAUAGAGUGGAGCCACGAUUAUGGAGCCACAUCUUAUUUUUACUUUUAAACGAAGAUUUUAUGGCAAUUAAAUGCUAUGAGGAUUUUUUUUUUUUAAUUAUAAAGGCACAGCUAUAGGUGAGAGAAAUAACAACAUUCUAAAUGUUGCCUGUUCAUCAUAUGCAAAAAGAAUUUAACAUUAGUGAGAACACGUUUCGUCCAACUUUGAUGUCCGAAGGGAGGUAAAUCCCGCAACGUAUCAAACGUCAGGUGUCGAACUGGAUUAAGCUCCCUUUCUACGAUUCGCGGGAGUCUCACUAUGGUUUGCAAAUACUCGACAUGAACGCUGUCCGUGAAGCACAGUGAAAAUGACAGGAGGAAUAUCACUAGGUGUUUCCGGCACCCGGGAGCUUGCAGGAGGCUGACACGUGUUCAAGCUACGCAACGUGGACGUCACGUAAGCCCACAAAGUGGUGACGUCAGCAUGACAGAGGUCUGGGAGUCAACUCAGGCUUCGCCACCUGGCGCUGCUCAAAGUUCAGGAUCCGCUAUGAUUGCAGCAGGAGGUGAGCGACGCCCUCAUCUUGAUGGCGAGUCUCGAGAAUACGUCAACGCCAGGAUGAGUCCGAGCCUGGAGGUCCUGAUCCCAAAGAAGAAGAAAAAUAUUUACAAACCUUUUCCCAUUCGCUGGUCUCAGCACAAGGUCGUCACCGUCCCCAAAGCGAGCUCUUCUGACGAUGAAGAGUGCGAAGAGAUGAUAUAAUCUGUUCAACUCAUUCUCUACAUCAGAAAAUUAUCAUCGAUGUAAAUCGCCUGGUUGAUUCGGCACUGGGAUGUAUUAGCGGAAAAGCCCAAAUGACCGACUUGAAAAAUAUGUCACAUGCUUUACAUAAUUAUAUUGCAUAAAAUUAUCCAGUUUUAUGUUUUUAAUAACAAGUAAUUUUGACUGAUGAUUACUACUACAGUCCCAUACCUUGUUCUCUAGUGAUCGUUGAACUAUCAACACUAUUGCUAAUAAGGAAUUUAGCCUUUUUCACCUUUUCAAAUACUUUUUAUGUCUGGUUAUGAGGUGACUUGUCCAUCCAGAUGGAUGUACAUCACAAUAGUAUUUACCUUGCUUGUUCUUGACUGACUGUUUGUGCCGCAUAAAACAGGUGUACACGUAUCGCUCUUAUUUAAGAUGGAUGUCAGCAGGUAGGGUUCACAGGCGGAAGAGAAAUUCAAAGUUUGAUACACCUUUAAAAGUUUAUCUGUCGCUAAGUCUGGCUGGUAAUCUUAUAAUCAUUGCAAUCAUUGUAAUCAUUGUAACAUACUCAUUCUACAGUUAUUGUAAUAUUUUAAUACACAAAUAGCAAUGGAAACACUCUGUUGGGAACAUGUACCCCUGUGAUUAAAUACGACAACCUCAUCAAAUCAUUAAAAUAAUUUAAAUUAAAGUAAUUUUCAGCUGGCAGUACUCGCACACAUAAUGCUGCGAUUGAUGGUGAAACACCUUCCUUGAAGUUGUUGUGCUUAGAGUUAAUGUGUACAACGUCUGUGUACUUCGAAAGGCAUGAUGUAAGGGAGAUAAACGUGUAAUUUAGACAGAUAAUUCCUGGUACCUUCCCUUACAUUGUUUACUAGAGGCUGCUAUCUCUCACCGCGCUGCUAAUAAAAGUGUAUUGGUGGAAAUUUA